CCGGUCAUGAGCGGCCCGUCGCAUUAUUACGCAUCCCACUUUUGACAGCCCCAGCCGAAAGCAACCCCCCUGCAUUACGUGGGUGGCCUUUGAUUACGCUGGUCCGUUCCGAAGGGACUGGAAGAACCGCAUGAACACCCACCAAAGACUUGAAACCUUUCCAACUGUUUUGAGAAAAGUCGUGCACGAGGACACCCCAAUAACUUUAACCCUUAUCAAACAUUAUCUACAGCUUGUCCAGCAUACCAACGCUUCACCAAUAACAUAGCCAUGAAACACUUUGAGAACGACACUGUGGUCCGUGAGGUGACACCAGGCGUUUGGACCUUCUCGAAACCUUUCACCCGUUACGGGAUCUUACCCAUCGGUGGCCGAUCAACCGUCAUCAAACUUUCCACCCAAACGGACGGAAAGGAUGAUCUGUGGAUCCUUGCGAGCACUCCUUUGACCCUUGAGACGAAAACGAAGGUGGACGAGCUGGGAGUUCCAAAGUACCUAAUCUCACCCGAUUCAGAUCAUCACCUCUUUCUCGGGGAGUGGAAGAGAGUUUAUCCAGCAGCAAAGUUGAUAGGUCCCGCGGUUGUGGCCGCUAAGAAGCCGGAACUCAAGUUCGACGGCGUGUACGGGAAAGACCCAGAAGAGACGCACUAUGGAUUUGAAGAUGAGAUUGAAGCUCGUUACUUCUCUGGAUUCAUAAAGGAAGAUAUCGCAUUCCUGCAUAAACCAAGUAAAACCCUUCUCGAAGCGGACCUUAUAUUUAACCAGCCAUGCACCGAACAGUACUCCAUUGUAGGAGGCUCAGGACCUUUCUUCGGUGCCACCUUCACACCCUACACCAAACAAGCAAAGAAACUUUUAUGGAAAGGGGUGAAGAAAGAUGGCUUUGAUGCUAUGGCGGUGGAUUCCAUAGCAGUCUCAGGAUGGGAUUUUGAAAGGAUCAUUCCUUGUCAUGGUGACGUCAUCGAGAACGAUGCCAAGGAAGCCUGGAACGAAGCAUUCAAAUGGCACAUGCAAGGGAAAGAUUAAAAGAAAAAGAUCGAUCUUCUCGCUGUGUUGGUUGUAAUUUGCUGUCUUGUCUCACCAAAUCCUGUUUUGCUUUACUGUACUUGGACUAUACAUAUAUCUUGUAUCGUUACCCUUCAGCCGCUGUGCUAACGUAUAAUAACAUGUACCCCGUUACUCAACGCAUUUCGGCGUUCAACGUGCCG